AUGGAGGAUAUGCGUUGGGACGAGGAUGUUCCAGAUGAUGUGCAAUACCUAGUUGAGCCAGAGGAUAGGCGGUUCCAAGUCUCCACGGGAGCGAGAUUCUUGGAAAUGGUUGACGUUGCGCGAUCGUUGCGAACCGUGCUGGAUUGCAGCUACCAAGUAAACGCCAGUUCACAGGUCAUAGGUAAUAACAUGACGCAAGCCAACACAGAGAUCCUCGCCGUAGAGGCUAGGCUCAAAGAGUGGGCAAGUUUAAUUCCUUCAUGCCUCGACUUGAAUAAGAAAGCACAGGAUGAAAGAAGCAUACCUUCAUAUAACUGCCCCCUACAUUUGUCAUUCUACACUACCCAGGUUCUCCUCUAUCGCGCUUUGAUGCACCCUUCGACGAGAGAGGCCAAGCUGAAAGCUAGCUCCAACCUCCGAAAGUGGUUUCCGCAGGCGCUUCUAGCAUUCGAUGGAUUUGUACAAUUUCUAUCGCACCUGGAUAAGAACAAUAUGAUUGGAUUCUGGGGUCGUUAUGCAAGAUCACAAUUCGUCCUGUGUGGAAACUUUCUCGUAUUUCUCUUCUUAGUCGCUUCCGAACGUGGUGAUAUAGAGCACGCAUACAGCUUACUCGAGACAUUUCAUCAAGCUAUGAACGGCCUAUGGGAUGUCAGUAACGAAGAGGUGACAGCGUUACUCCGAGCGGCCAAGGAUCGCAUUGAUUCAUUCUUUUCUCAAGCGGCGCAAGUUAUACGUAAGGGGACAGCGGAUGGAGGCGUUACUCUUUUAUAA